UGCUAGUCAAAGAAAGAAGAAGAAGAAGAAAAAAGGUGUAAUGUCAGUAAAGCUAACUGGUGAUACACAUUAGUGACGAUAAAGUGUCUUCCUCGGAGCUUGGUGAAAUUCUUUUACUUUUACAGCCAAGAAAGCGUCGUCAUGGCUUCCACGGUGCCCAUUAAGAUUGGAAUAAUUGGUGGUUCAGGCCUUGAUGAUCCAGAUAUCCUGGAGGGAAGGACUGAGCAUUAUGUUGACACACCAUAUGGAAAGCCUUCUGAUGCUCUGAUAUUGGGGAAGAUCAAAAAUGUGGAAUGUGUGCUCCUUGCAAGGCAUGGAAGGCAACACACUAUAAUGCCAUCCAAUGUCAACUUCCAGGCCAACAUCUGGGCACUGAGAGAAGCGGGCUGUACACAUGUGCUUGCUACCACGGCUUGUGGCUCUCUCCGAGAGGAGAUUCAGCCAGGAGAUAUUGUCAUCAUAGAUCAGUUCAUUGACAGGACUACAAAGAGAGUGCAGACACUGUAUGAUGGACAUCGUACCAGUCUUCAAGGUGUGUGCCACAUUCCCAUGGCUGAGCCUUUCUGUAACCGAACCAGAGAGGUUUUGGUGGAGGUGGCACAGAGUCUAGGCAUCAAGUGCCAUGUGCGAGGGACUAUGUUGACUAUUGAGGGGCCCCGUUUUUCUUCACGGGCAGAGAGCCUAAUGUUUCGCCAGUGGGGUGCUGACGUCAUCAAUAUGAGCACAGUGCCAGAGGUGGUCCUCGCCAAAGAGGCUGGCUUGUGCUAUGCCAGUAUUGCCAUGGCAACAGACUACGACUGUUGGAAGGAACAUGAGGAGGCGGUCUGUGUUGACAACGUAUUGAAGACGAUGAAGGAGAACGCCAACAAAGCCAGCACUAUCCUGCUAACUGCAAUACCCCGGAUUAGUGAGAUGGACUGGGCUCAGACAGUGAACACGCUGAAGUCAAUGGCUCAGUCUUCAGUAAUGUUACCAAAACACUAAGCCUGUUGAAAAAGAAAAGGAGGCGGACCCCAGGCACCAUCUGCACCCACACGGACACCAGACUGAACUAUGGCUGUGAAUUUGUCAUCAGUGAAUCACAAGAAAGUGCCUCGUAUAAAUAAUGUGUCGUCUACAGCUCGACGUUUCAGUGUGUCUCGACUGAAUACAGUAAAAAGGCUUUGCAAGUGUAGCACAUAAAUAUUUUGUUACUGCCUUAAUCACAGCUCAGUUUAGUCUGACGUCUUGAACAUAGUCAUUACUCCAACUUUUAGAUUUUGCAUACAUGUUAGUCAGUAUUUUGAAUGUUUCCAUCUUUGCUUGUGGGGGAAAUAUUUUUAUAUUUUGUGGAAUAAGUUCAUUUUUAUUAACUCUUCUAGACUGAAAAUGCAACAUUUCAUUUAUAUAUAGGACUGUAAUUCCAUUGUGCAUGCAAACUUUUCCAGUUAUAAAAUCAACUCACUGACAGUAUUUGUAGCUGUAUUAGAGUCUGACAGCAUUUAUUGACAUUUAACAGCUGAAAGGUAGUUUUCAGUUUUAAUGCUUGAUAUAGGUUAUCUCAUGAAGUGUUUUUGUACAAGUGCUUGUUGUUCUGAUACCACUAAUAUUACAUGUCCUUCCUCUUUUCUUGUCUGCAUCUGACCAUCUCACGGCCCAUUAUCUAAAAGUCUCCUUGUAUUUCCUCUUGUUCUGUCUCAACAAUAUGAUAAAAUGACUUGGUAAAGAUUA